AAUUCCCUCUCCCUCCUCCUCGCACAAUCAAGAAGUGGGACUUUUUUCUGAGGCUGGUGCCGCGGAGUAAUUCGACUGCCUUGUAUCUUGCGGAGGUAUCCCUUCCGUGCUUUUCCAUAAGCUUGUACCCAUAGAGACCUCUCGGAGCCGCCGCCGCCGUGCAGACCGGAGGAUCGGUGACCCGGAGGAGGCCCAGCCGCCCGGAGAAUGCACGGGGUGUAAGGAGAGACACAGAGAGAGACAGAGAGAGAAUGGCAGCGGCGGCGGCACAGAGGAGGCUGGGGAUCGGCAGCAGUCAGUGUCUGUGAUUACUGCUCUCUUCCUCCUCUCUCCCCGCUCAUUGCUCUGCAUCUGCUGCUGCUGCUGCUACACCACCCGGCCAGGGACGGUAGAGAAAGAGGUUUCUAUGUGUGGAGGGGGGGUGCCCUGACUUACCUUCCACCACCACCACCAUACCACCACAUGAGGGAUUUCUGACCCCCCCUCCUUCUACUUCUUCACCAGGAUGCUGCUGCCUUUAAAGGGUCUUGGGCAGGGUCUGAGCCAUGCAAAUGGGAAAUAUUGUGUCAAUUUAAUGGCACGGAAAAGUUGCAAUGCAAGUGGUCACUAAGCAGGAUUGCAAUUGAGUGCAGGAAAUAUUGACUACAGAGCAGUAGUCUGUAUUGUUCAAAGACCGUCUGUGGGAUACUAAAAACAAACUGCAGAUCUUUACUGGAUUAUAUAUUUAUGUAUAUAAAUACAUAUUACAUAAACAUUUCCUUUACCUAAGUAGCAGUUGCAUCCAGUUUCCUGUAUCGGUUGUGGUUAGUAAUUGGAUUUGUGGAUUCAAGGUCACUCAUUGGAAUUUCCCUGUGGAUUUAUAAUUCGCAUUUAUUUUUUUUUGUAUUGAAAGAAGAUGGAUGUCAAAAUAAAACAGCAAAGCAGGAGAUCCAGGUCUCAAAGGGACAGGGUGAGGAGAAGAGACCCAUCCGUCAGGGAUCCCCGAAACCAGAGCCCCUCCUCUGGCUCUGAAGCCGAAAGGGGCCUGGGAAAGGAGAAUUCAAAUCAGAAUGGUAAAAAUCCAGCUGCUUCAGCCAGAAAUGCCAGACCGCCCAGACGUAAGAGGAGAGAAUCCAGCUCUCAGGAGGAGGAUUUAAUUGAUGGGUUUGCAAUUGCCAGCUUCAAUACCAUAGAAGCCUUAGAGAAAGAUCUGGCUUUGAAACCGCCAGAACGAAAAGAGAAAUGGGAACGACACCCUGCAAAAAAAGCCAGAGAAUCUGGGAAAUACAUCUGUGCAGAGCCAAGUGAGAAUGGGCACAUCCAUGAUGCAGGAAGCUCAGAGAGAGAAAUGGAGAGAGGAAAAGAACGAGACAAGAAGAAAUUCCCUCUGAAGGCAUUCAAUCAGGUCAAAGUGUCCAGGAACAGAAAUGGCAGAAAUGAUGAGGAUAACAGCAUCAAGGAAGCCAUGAGUUCCCAGCGCAGCAGCUCCCAUGAUCGCCUCAGUGAUAGCUCAGCUCAGUCACUUUCUGGACGCGGCUACUCAUGUGACAGUGAAAGUGAUAUCGACGAUAAGUGCUCCAAUGUUGGCUCUGAGGUCCUCUUCACUCCAGCUGCUUCCACAGGUGCCCUUUUGAAUGAAAAAUCUGAGUCCCAGGCUACUUGUCACCCUAAAGUGUCUGGGCUGGAGCGCAGCCAAGAGUUGAACACGGAACUAGCAUAUAUCCCUCCUGUGCAUAGUCCACAGCCACCGCCUGUAGCUAUUGUCACAUCUGCCUCCUCAACUCCAGCCUCCAGUACCCGGGCUAGCCCUCUAGUGAAGAAAGAACCAACCCUUGUUGUUCCUGCACCACCACGGCUCACGCCGCAACCCCAGGCUCGUCCUCAGUCUCGCCCUCAGUCUCAACCUCAGUUGUUACCCCUUGAACUCCGAACUCAGAGUCAUAUUCCUCCACACCUCAACUAUCCUGUGCAUCAGCAGCUGCCACAAAACGGAAUUGCUAGCAUCAGCCGGAGCAGCAGUGCUAGCAGUGCAGCAAGUAUCAGCCUCCCCAAGCACUUUCAGUCUUCCCCCCAGAUUCCUUCUCAUCACCCACCUGGACCGGGACUGGCGCUCUCCAUAUCCAACCUUAGUAACUCGCACUUUGCUAUCAGAUCUCAAGCCCAGCACCAUCCGACCAUGUUUGCUACCCCUCCCACGCUGCCACCGCCACUGUCUUUACCUACUAAUACCCUUGUAAUUCCCAGCCACCCUGCUGGAGCAGGCUAUUCAGAUCACGAACUUCUCAGACAGGAGCUGAAUAAUCGUUUUUUGGUUCAGACCUCGGACCGGUCAGGUGCCCCCCUCGGCUCAGUGCCGCUGCUGAGGGCGGAAUUUCACCAGCACCAACACACGCACCAACACAUGCAUCAGCACACAUUUACCCCCUUCACAUCCAGCCUACCCCCGACGCAGCUUAUGCCGCCAAAUGCACCCCCCAUGGUGCGUAACCCAGCUCGAAAUUUUGACAAGUACGGUCCCAAGUUAGACAGCUCUUAUUUUCGUCAAUCCAGUUUCUUUCCAACAUAUACUUCUCCUAUGCCUGGAAUGCCCCCAAUGCUUCCACAUUCAGGUCCUUUCAGUUCUCUACAGGGAGCUUUUCAGCCUAAGACCUCAAACACCAUUGAUGUCACUAGCCGGCCUGGUGCGGUACAUCACACCCUCCUACAGAAAUCGCCUGGGGUUACUGAUCCAUACAGGACGUCAGUAAGAAAACCAGGCAAGUGGUGUGCAGUACAUGUCCAGAUAGCUUGGCAAAUCUACCACCAUCAGCAGAAGAUGAAGCAGAUGCAGAUGGAUCCACACAAGCUGGACAUUUGUGGCAAACUUGACCUAUUCAGCAGGCCGCCUGCCCCAGGAGUCUUUCCAGGAUUUCCUUACCCACAUGAUUUAGCCAGACCUCUCUUCUCCAGUACUGGUCCAACACAUCCUGGAGCCUCGCCGUUUGGCCCAAACCCACAUCAUACCGGUUUCCUGCCUGCAAGCCAUCUGGCUGGUAAGUAUCCAUUUAGCAGGUCAAGCAGCUUCAGCGGCCUGGGGAACUUAGGCAGCAAUGCCUUUGGAGGAUUAGCCAGUCAUGCUCUAACUCACAACAGCUUAUUCGCUCACAAAGAGAGCCCCACUCUUCAGAGCUUCUCCAGUCCUCAUGAGCCCUGGAACCGGCUUCAUCGGACGCCACCAUCUUUCCCAACCCCCCCUCAGUGGUCCAAAGUUGGAGACCCUGAGAGAAGUUCUUCUGUGACCAACCACGACAGAGACAGGGAGGACAAGAGGGAGAUGUGUAUCGCUAAGGAUGAAAGAGACAAAGAGAGGGACAUCAUGGAUAAGAAUCGACAUCAUUCUAACAGAUCCUCUCCAGCUUCAGCCCCAGUCAGCCACCAAAUAAGCAACCUUAUCCGCAGCAACAGCCAGACAUCCAGCGAUUCUCUGAGACCGAGCAGUCGAGGGGACAGAUCCAAAGAUAUGGAGCGGGAAAAUUCUGAGCGGUUACGUGAAGCACCAUCUACAGAGCACAAGAUCAAGGAGAGCCGAUCCCCAGUUAAAGAGCCCUCAAAUCACGAUAAAAGGACGAUUGAGGAUGGCAGCAAGCCAGUUAUUCAGUCUGUGUCACCAUACAGCAAACCAGUCCUAAGUGAAAGUUUAAAGCUCAGCAACUUAGUAGGGAAAGACAGUGAACGGAAGCCUGAGCUGCCAGCUGAUCUCCAAAAAAUUAAAAGUGAUGUAAAAGUUAAAGAGGAACGCAAGGAAGAUUCAGAUGUGUUGUUAGUCAGUUCAGAGCCUCCACUUCCAGUCAGGACAAUGGAACAUCAACCACCUCCGCCUCCAACUUCCUUGCAUGGGUUACCUUUGCACCAUACAAUGGCAGCCUCCAUGCCUAUCCAAAUGGCUAGUGUCCACCAAAUGAACAACUUGAAUAUGUUGGACCGCAGUAGGGUGAUGACCCCACUUAUGGGUAUGAGCCCUCUCACUGGCAGAGAGCGGCUUCAACAUGCGGGUUUUGCAUGGGACCCAGUGCGAGAUUCGUUACGUGAUGCAUACCGCACCCUGGACUUGCAACGGAGGAUGGAUUUCCACCUGCGUGCCGAUGGCAUGCAUAGAUACCAGGCAACAGCUGCUGCCAACUUUUAUGACCAUGAACGAUCAUAUCGGGACCGUGAACCACAUGAUUACAGCCAUGAACAGCUCUUAGAGGCAAGGAGGGAACAGGAACGAAUGCGACAUGCAGAUGAGAGGGAGAGAGAACGGAUGCACCUAAGGGAAGAGAUAGAAAGGGCACGUAUGCACCAUCUUCACUCUUCCCCACUAGAGAGCCAUCUGGCACAUAUGCCCUCCUUCAUGCCACACUUGAGCAGUGUGCCCUAUCCCAGACUCAGCCCUUCAAGCGCCAUGCACAAUGGGAUUCUAAACCGUACUCCACCUACGGCGGCACUGAGUGCACCCCCACCCUUAGUGCCAGCCAGCAACACAAGGCCCGCCUCUCCCCGCAGGACUAAUCCCCUCACAAGUUCAGAUACCCGGGACUUCUCACCCUCCAGAAAUCCUAAAGAGGUUGAGGCUCGAUAGUCUGCUGCUUAAAUUAAAAAAAAAAAAAAAAAAAGGACCCACAGGAAUCAAAUACCAUGAAAUUUAAACUUGUCUUGUAUAUAAAAUCUUUUACGAAAGUGCACUGCUCAAAAUCUUCUCUCUCCUCCUCCUCCUGUUUUUGUAAAUGUACAUAUGUAGGCUAAGCACACUUUUUCCUUUAGCCAGGGGGACAAUUCAGGGGUGAUAAAUGUUCCAACCUGGAAACCAAGGGUUCCUCUCUUAAGGUCUCUGGUCAUGUGAUAAUUUUUUUGACUUGGGCUGCUCAGUAGCCAUUGGGAUGGGUUUAGUGAGGGAGGGAGUUUUUAAAUGGAUUUUUGUAGUUUUUACAGUAUUUUGUUUUUCGCUACGGUGUUCUUAGUCUCUUCCAAAAAAAAAAAAAAAUUUUACCUUUUCUUUAAUUUUAUAUUAGUUGCAUUUUGCCUCUGGUGAGGGAAAAAUAAGUAAAUCUGUUCUUUCCAUAAAAUAACAUAUGAGUUCAGCCCCUUCAUUCCAGAGGUAUCCUUGACACAUAGCAAUGCAUAUUUAUACAGUACCUACAAUCUGUUGAAGACACCUCUAGCACUGAAGGGUAGCAUUGAUAUUCUAUGGAGUUUUUUCUUUAUUCUACAGCUAACAGAUCAACAAUCUUGCUAUCAUUUUUGAACAGAAAUCACAGAUCUAUUAUUAAAAUAAUAAGAUUAAUGUACAAAA